CUCUCGCUUCUUUCCCGUUCCCUCUUGCUUUAUAUAUCCCUCUAUCUCUCUCUAGGUGAAAUGUGGAAACGAAUCAGUUUCUUUCCUUUCGGGUUGGUCAUCGCAGAAUGUACAAACCCAGUUGUAUUAAUGAUUUAUCUUUUUGAGCAACGCUGAGAUGCCUGCCAGUGCCAUGACCACUUACUGAGAAGAGGGAAGGAACCUUUAGUUGCGGAUCCACGUUCACAUAGAGACAGAGACAGUGAGACGGGAAGAACAAGGGAGCAGAGAAAUAGAGAGAGACAGGGGAACGAGAGAGAAGAGAGGAAACGAGAGAGGAAGAGCGGUCGAUGGAUGCUGCUUGGACAGAGGGGACUCUGAAUGCGCACUCUUCACUGACUAGGAACAGCAAGCUGCAGACAUGGAGGCAAAAGGCAAAGGCAUGCCCCAAGUCAUGGUGUGGUGGGAGAAGGGGAUCCAGGUUGUCCUCACCACUUUGGGGGCGUUUGCAGCCUUUUCCCUGAUGGCGGUGGCCAUUGGGACAGACUACUGGCUGUACGCACGGGCCUUCAUCUGCAACAGCACGGCUAACUCCUCCCAGGACGACCCCAACAACAAGGACAAAAAAGACCCUGGAGCCCUCACCCACUCUGGCCUCUGGAGGAUCUGCUGUCUAGAGGGGCUGAAGAGAGGAGUGUGUUCUCAGAUCAAUCAUUUCCCGGACGAUGCAGACUAUGAUCAGGAUGCAGCAGAGUAUCUCCUGCGUGUGGUCCGAGCCUCCAGUAUCUUCCCCAUCCUGAGUGCUAUACUGCUCCUGAUGGGAGCGAUGUGUGUUGCAUCCAGCAGCUUCUACAAGAGCAAGAGGAACAUCAUCCUAGGAGGAGGCAUCCUGUUUGUGGCUGCUGGCCUGAGCAACAUCAUCGGCGUGAUCGUGUACAUCUCUGCGGCGCUGAGCGACAUCUCGCCCAAGAAGGACGAGGACAAGAAGUGGCAUUACUCGUACGGCUGGUCCUUCUACUUUGGAGGCCUCUCCUUCAUCCUGGCUGAGAUGGUGGGCGUCCUGGCCGUCAACAUUUACAUAGAGAAGAACAAGGAGCUGCGCUGCCGCUCGCGUACCGAACUCUUCAAGAGCACCACGCACGCCAUGCUCCGCCUGCCCAGCUACCGCUUCCGCCGGCACUCCCGCUCCAGCUCACACUCUACCGACCCGCCACGCUCCCCCCGUGACACCUCACCCACAGGCGCCAAGAGUUUUGCAUUACCACCGUCUGCCCCAUCUUUCUCCGUGGCCACUCUGCCCAACCAACACCAUGCUGGUGGAGGAGUAGGGGGCGAUAUCUCCAUGUAUACCCUGACCCGGGACUCCAAGAUGGGUAGUCUUGGUGGCGGCGGGCCCCCCCUCUACGGCACGGUGGACCGGGCCUCCCUCUACCAGCUGCACAACUACUUCCCCAAAGAGGAAGUGGGGGUGAUGAUGAGCGGUACCCUGCCUUCUCUCUCCAAGUCCAACCUCUCUGCGGCGGGCCAGAAUGCAGUGGCUGGCGCCACUGCCAUUGCGCCGCUGAAUACCUUGUCGUCCUCCGGUCCUACCCCCCAGCAGCCACCUCUGUCCACUGGCACCAUGGAGAGAGAGAGGGGCAUGGGCACCCUGGACCGCCUGGGGGGCAAACGGAACAGGGACACCGACUCCGACACACUGAACAGGAGAACCACGCCAGUGUGAGCCUUGGAGAUAGGAGCAAGAGCCAUGGAGGUGCAGGGCAAAAUGGCAGGUAACACUUUACAUAAACUCCCUGUCAUACAACCUACUUUUCGCUGUCAUAACAAUGACUUAACAGGUAAUGCUUUACAACAUACUGUUCGCUGCCAUACAUAACAAUGACAUUAGGGAUGUUAUAAGCAGUCACUACUACUGUAAAUUCAUGACAACUGCCUUAACACGGUCAUGACGGCUCAUACAGUGGCCUCAGGCCAUAGUUAGCUUGCACAUACUUGCUGUAUGCGACAUACUAGUGUUUGAUUACCUAUUGUAUUUGUGUUUAUGACUGCUUAAGACAUUGAUAUUUUGAGGACUGUAUGACAGGGCUUCUGUAAAGUUUUACCAAAAAGGGCUGUAGAAAAAUUUAAGAUAACUGAAAGACAAUAUUGGCCAUUCCCUGCCCUAUCACUCCAUCUCAGUCUGUUUUUGACUACUAUUAAUAUAUCUAUUCCACUGACUAGAAUAUAAAAUGUAUUAUUAACAAUAUUAUUGAAUAUAUAUUCAUUUUGAAAUGCACAAUAUGUCUAUAGUUGUAAACUUUGGGUUAUCUUAUCAUUCCGAGUGAUUGAUUAUCAUAGCCAGGUUACACGACUGUAAAGAUUGUAACUUCUUGAAUAGUAUCACAUUGCUGUUGUUUUUAUUCUCGUAAUCGUAAAUGAAGGGUACAUUUGUACAUUUUGAACUAUGAUUUUUCUAUUUUUCUAUUUCUUUAAAGUUUAGAAUUUUCAGUCAUUUCUAGCUGCAUCACAUUCAAUCUGAUGGCGUCAUGCGGAAAGCACGUGCGCAAAUUAUGAGUGUCAUUUUGUAUUUGAUAUCAAAUAUAUUUGAUUUGACUAUUAUUAUUAUUGUCACUAUUAUUGUUAUAAUUAUUGUUAUCAUCCCAUUUUUAAGGCUAUUGUUUUGUUAAUACAGGUAUAACCAACAUAGCCUAAUUUGUGUUUUUUAUUCUUCCUGACAAGUGUAGUAGACUAUAGACUUUAUAUGAAUCUAUUUAUUUUAGUGAUGGUAUAUAUUCUUAAUGUUAUUCUUUAAAGAAGUGAUUCUCAACUGGUGGGUUGCGACCCAAACCAGAUAGAAAGUGAUUAAAAAAUGUAAUCUCUGAAUUAUUUUUCUUCAAUCAUAGUAUUUUCAAUAUAGAGCUAGCAGCACUAUUUAGCGGAUUUGGUUGAUUUUGUGGUCUUAAACCAGUGAGUUUAUUAACAUUCUUCGUCAAGAAUAUGGGCAAAUUUGACUAAUUUCCUUUGUCAUAUAAUUUCUACAAUUACUAUGAAUAUGGACUUAAAAAUACUUUUACAGUUUGCAUUUUCACAUAUUUUAUUUUGCAAUGCAAAUACUGGGUCGUGACUGAGACAACCUGGGUUAAUUUGGGUCCCGAGAAAAAACCAGUUGAGAUCCACUGCUUUAAAGAUCCUACCUUGGGGUUAGGGGGGUGAGACCCUAUGCUCUUGUGAUUGAAGAAGACAACAAUCUCUUCAUAAUACAUGAUAUUUCUACUCUACUGCACAUUAAUCAAACUAAGGACAUUUGUGAUGGGUAAGCAAUACAAAAUUA